AUGGCAACUGCAACGAAGAAAAAGUCCUACAAACCAUCUAUCAAAGAACAAAAACAAAUUAAUAGUACAAUUCUUAUGAACGGAGCUGAGACAGAAAAAGAGACACCCUCUGGUUUCAUUUCAUUUUAUCCAGGUGUCAGCAUCUCGGAAGAUAAAUUUACUUGUCCAGUGCUUUCUAUUCAUCUUUAUCAUCAAAGACAACUUAAUGGUGAUGGAAGAAAUCAACAAGAAAGUGAUGAAGAACAACAGAACCUUACAAGAGAACAAAAAACGAGUGGUGAAGAAGAAGUCAUAAUGCUUCUACUUGAAGAUGUGACUCAAAUCAGCUAUAAAGCAGCAUUUACCAAAGGUGUCGACACUGAUAUAAAAUCAUCUGUUGAGUCCGUGUAUAGCCUAGGUGAAAACGGCUGUAAUCGUUGCCUCUGUCGCGAACGAACCGAAGCAUCCUAUCGCGUGAAAAAGACACCGGCUUCCGUUAAUCGAGAUACAAACUAUCGAGAAGAAGAUUUACUUGUUCCUAAAACGACUACAGGUUGUUUCAAUCUAUUUCGUUGUUGUUGUUGCAGAAAGAAGAAAUUGGUCAGACGCUUCAAAAAAAUAUAUACCAAGACUACACAACAGGCAGAACGUGUAAUUACAAUGAAAAUUGAGUAUAGUAAAUACAGUAGUUUUAAUUCAGCUUCGAAGGCACAUGUACUUAGUCUGGAGCAACAGGUUGCCUACUACAAAGAGAAAUUUCAACCAGAUACAGAAUUAAAAUUUUAUUUAAUUAACAAUAGAGAAAUCGAUUCGAAGAAUUUUGAUAUGAGAAGACACGAAGCUGAAACUCUCUGUCGAACAGUGAUGCAAUUGAAAGGAAUGAAAGAUCACUACCCAUCAGGAAAUGGAUUAAAAAAGAUUCUUGAUCAAUCGGAUAGAAGAACAUUUGGCGAGAUAUUUCAAGAACCAGUUUUGGAAAUAACAACAGAUGGUUGUCAACCUCAUCCGCCAUCUCACCAAUCAGCAGCUAAACGGAAAAUUAAAAGAUCAGAAGUGUAA